CAGAACUGUCAAAAUCACACCAUUCUGUCACACCUCCUCUCUCUUCAGUCCUUUGCAGACCUCGUUGGUUUCGCCGUGGAGAUUAAGCCCGGGGUCUGUUUUCACAGCGUCUAAACUAAAUCAGCGCUCUCGCCGCGGCUCCCGCUGUGUGACCUGCAGGGUUUUUGGAUAUAUCACCACUGUGCCUGACUAGAACAUUGUGUCCUUGACAUAAGGUGGAACAAUGACAGCCAAGCACCGAAAAGGGAAAAGCAACCACAAACAGGAGGAUAACUUUUUUAAAAAUGAGAUAUUGGAAACAGACAUUCGCCCAGGUGGAUACAGCCACACUCCUCUGCUGGUUUUAGUUUUGAUUUUUGUGAUUGGCUUUAUCUCCGGUGGAUGGUUCUUUUUCCAGCACCACCUAACUUUAACCGAACUAACAGACAACGUCAUGGGCAUUCAGGUGAAAGUAACCAAGCUGCAGUCUUCUCACGAGGAGUUAAGGCUGUCAAAUACCAAGCAUGUUUCAGAGAACGUGGAGACUCGACUGGCUUCCCUGGAGGAAUCUUAUGCACUGGCUCAGAAACAGGUGGGCAUGGCCUUGGCUACAGCCGAGCAGCUCAAGACGUCUGACCUCCCAGCUCAGGUAUUGUCUAUCCAUACUGAGAUGAAAAGCCAACUGGAAAAGGUGCAGCAAGCUGCUGUGUCUCUGGAGCAACUGAGCCAGUUGCAGAGCAUGCUGAUGGAGAAGAGUACGGAGUUUGAGGUUAUCAGGAUGCAGGUGGAGGGCUUGGCUGUUCUGAGUGGUGAACUAUCCCAGAAGGUUGAGGACUUGUCUUUGAACCGUGAAGAAGCUGAAUCAAAGAUACAAAAAAAUACUGACCAGAUUGCCACAAUGAGUUCAAGCCUGGAUGGACAGACAAGUGAGGUGUUAAGACUGAAGAAUCAACUCGACACGUACCAGGCUCAGUUGGAGAAUAGCUUACUGGAAAUGGCUAAUCUCAGGAACUUGCUUGAAAACAAGGAGUCCCAGCUGUUCCUGAAGCCCAGUGCAGAGGAGCAGGUGAAAGAACAAAUGUGGACUCCUGCUGAGCAUCCUGAGAACAUGGAAGCAGAUGCUGCUGAGGAAGAAGAGGUGGUUGAUGAUAAAGAGGCAACUGAUUAUGAAGAAGAAGAGGUGGCUGCAGCUGCUGAGGAGGAAGAGGCAUCUGCAGAAACUGAGGAGGAGCAGGCAGCUGUAGCAACCGAGGAGCAAGUAGACGACACUACCAUAAGUGAGGAAGAAGAAAAUGAAGCUACAGAACUUGAGGAGCAAGUGGAGGAGGCUGCAGGACCUGAGGAGCAAGUGGAGGAGGCUGCAGGACCUGAGGAGCAAGUGGAGGAGGCUGCAGGACCUGAGGAGGAAGUGGAGGAGGCUGCAGGACCUGAGGAGCAAGUGAUUGAACCUGCAGGACCUGAGGAGCAAGAGGAGGCUGAUGCACCUGUGGCUGAAGAACAGGCAGCUACUGGGGCUGAGGAAGAGGAAGCUCCCACAAUUCAGAAAAGGGAAGAGGUAUCUGCAGCGGCACCUGGAGAGAUUGAUGCAGAAGAAACUGGAGAAGAGGCACUUGUAGCAACUGAAGAGGAAUGGGAACUGUCCUCAAAUGAAGAAUCAGAAGCAUCUUUCCAACAAGAAGAAUAUGCAGCAGCAGAUAAACUAGAUGCAUCUCCUGUGGAGCAGGAGGACAGAGAGACCCAAGAAAUCCCUACUGAAGAGGAGGAAAAUGACACAAAGAAUGAAAAGUUGGUUGCUGGGUCAGAAAUCAAGAAACAUUUUGAAGCAAAAGUUAAGGAGGAUUCAACAGCCCUUGAGGAGAAUCAUGAGGCAGAAACACAGGACGAGGAAACGGAGAAGGAUAAAAAUGGCAAAAUUGAAGAUAAGAUGGAAGAACAGCAGGAACUACCUGCUGAAGAGGAGCCACAGGAGGAAGUUGAAGAUCAGUUAUCAGAAGAAUUUGCUUUUCUAUAAAAUAAAUGAAGCAAGUAUAUGGGUGACUUUAAAUUGUAUGCUGAAGAAAUCCACCAAGGAGAAUGGGAACGUUUUUCACACGGUCUAUACCAUGAGAAAUACUGGGCUUUUUAUUUGUUUGUUUCAUGGAAAAUGAUGUUUGAAAGGCAGACCAAAUCAGAAUGUACUGGGCUGGAGUUUCAGUGAAGCUAAAAAACCUCAGAAAGCUGAAAUUGAGCAAUAUAGUUAACGUUUACCUCUCAAUAACAACUUGUAAAGCCUUAAUCCAUAAAAAAAAUUUUUAAAGAGAAGAUUCAACUCUUCAUAUGUCCCACUUUUCCCAUCAUGUCUCUGCACAAACUGAAAGAUUUAACCAGGUGACAUAGGAAGCCAUUGCAUAAGCUGUUUCAGUGCAUUAAAAUCCAAUACAGCUUUCUCUCAGUAAUUUAAUUGACAAGGUGAACAUCAUUAUUAUACUAUUAUAUCAAUUCCUUAUGCACAGAUUAAUAUAUAUCAAGCAUUUACCUCUGCUAUUUUUUAAAUUUUGGGUUGCAGCUAAUACAAAUACAAAUUAAUUUUCUUAGAAAUGUUUAAUAUUCCAAAAAUUGCUGGUAAAUAACAUCACGGUGACCCGGUCCUUUUUCUCCUCACCCCAAGGAAAGACACAUUAGACACGGUCUCUGGUACAAAAGUGGUUUAAGGAUGGAAUGCAACAGUCGCUUGUAGCCGAUGUCCUGGAUAUGUCAGUGUUUAGGCGUCCCAACAAACUCUUAAAUUGGCUUUGCUUCACAGUAUUCUUAAGGCUGUGGGUUUUCUGUGUUUUCUGCACCUACUCUACUACACGUUUUCUUUCCAUUCAACUUUCUAUUAAUAAGAAUUUAUAUAUUAACAAAUUGUAAUUUAUAUGUUGCAUUAAUUCAGUGCAUUCUGUGAACAAGCAGCUUCAUUAGCAUCAAUCUUUGGUGGCUUAACCUCCUAGUGGAGGGUGUUAAUGACAGGACAAAUGCCAAGUCAACAGUCUUCACCAUAAUUGUAUAGGCCAAAAAUAACAUUUGUGUCUUAAAAAUUGUUUUGUUAGUGCUCAAAACUAGGAUAUAUAUAUAUUGUUUUAGAAAUUUAUUUUGGGUUCUCAAUCAUCAAACGUAGCUGAAAUAAAAUCUUGAAAUAUAUCAGUAAAAUGAAUAUACCUAAUAAAUUAGUGUAUUAAAUUACUGAAGUAUUACCGUUUCAUUAGGAUACAGUACUUUCCUUAGAUUCAGAAGUAUAAUUUAAACAAGAUUUAAUUACUCAAGGUCACAAAAUGGUUGACUUGUCUCCUCCGCAGCAUUUUACAACUUUAUAUACACUUUAGUUCACUGAACAAUGGUAUGAUUUAUUCUCAGAGUGAAGACUGUUUCAAGCAGCCUUUAAAUGGCACAGUAAAGAACCUCAGGGACAAGUCGUUUUUUUUUACAUAGAUAGUGAUACGGUCACAGCUAAACUGUAGCAAAGUUAUAAUGCAAAACAUUAUGCACACUUGAACAAAUGGUGCGUUUUGGUAAGGAAAUGAUCUUGUAUAAGGCCAGUGCAGAAAAACAGUUGAAACCCAUUCAUUGAGUGAAGCUACAAGUGUGUCAAGUAGAUUAACCACUUCCCUCUGCUGUGUCUUGUCUUUAUAGUGUCAGGUAAAGGAGCAUAGACAUGAAUUAAAUCUAUUUCCUCUGUAAUAUUUGAAGCAACAUGAAGUGAUGCCCUUUAUGAUUGCUUACGGAGAUCUCAUCUGGUGAAUAUGUACUGGAAUAAAAGCCUCAUCAGACAUCUUCAGAACUCAUCAGGAAAAGCCAACUGAUACUGUGAAUCCUCACAUGAAAGAUAUUGUCUGCUGCACACAAUGUGAUAAGGGCAAAAUGUGUUACUUUGUGAAUUUUUACUAAAUCUGUAAGAUCCUUUAUUUUUCUUUGAAUAUGGUUACUGUUAGUGUGUGUUGGUACCCUUGUUACAAUAAACCAUGUUUACUUUUC